AUGGCCGCUGCCCCAGUACCUGCCCCGCACAUGGAUGCUUCAACAUCCUGGUUGCUGUUGGAAGACGAGACUACCGAGGCGCGCUUGUUGGCUCUGAUCACCCAGGUCCUCGGUCUGAGCACGGGUGUGGCCCAGGUACACCAUUCGUUCAGGGAUUUGGGAGGAAACGAGCAGCAUGCCGUCGCGCUGAGGAAGGCUUGCAUGGUUGCUGGAAUGGACGUCAAGGUCAAAGAUAUCCUGCGCUGUUCGACCCUCGCCGAGUUGCAAACAUGCAUUACGCCCUGCGCGCCACAAAACCCACACUCGCGUUCCGAACCCGACGACCCCGAGCCCGUCAUGAUCGCACCGCUCGAGAUCCACCGAGCGAGCCGCAUGUCGAUAAUGCCCGAGCCGAAAGAUGGGCACCUUCUUCGGAAAUCGAGCCUGACCCGUUUGGACGCGGACCCCCGGCAGAGGACAGACAUUGAGCAUGCGCUGGGGUCACAACCAGAGGUUGGGAGGAUAGCGGGAAUACGGCCGAAGGCUGGACUGCUUGAUGGGAAGUUUGUUGCCCUCCUCACGCUGGCGAGCACGCAAACAACACAGGAAAACCCGACGACGGUCAACCUCAUUCCCCAGUCACACGCUCUCUUCGCCGGUACCCAAGUCGCCCGUCUCAAACGUGCCGCCGAGGCAGCCCUCUCACCCGAAGCCAUCCCGGAUAUAUGGAUCGUUUUGGACGCAAUGCCUCUUACCGAGGCCGGCGAUGUCGACAUGCGGCGGUUGCGAACCUGGGCCCAGAACAUCAACGAGGACGUUUACCACCAAGCCCUGAGCCUGGAACACCAGGAGACGUUACAAAAUCCAGAGUCGGGCAUGGAAAAGUCAAUACAGAGGCUGGUUAGCAAGGUGCUGGAUGUUCCCCAGGGCCAGAUUGGCGUGAACUUCUCCUUCUCCCAGCUCGGCGGCGACGAGAUGACCGCCAUGGAGCUCGCCGCCAGGUGUAAACACGAGUCCAUUUACAUAAAUCCCUCUGAUGCUCUUGGGUCUAUGACGCUUUCCGAACUCGCCGCUAUUGCUGCGUCUCGGGGCGGCCUGGCGCAUAAAUGGGACGAGGAAACGUCUGACUGCUUCGAUCUCUCGCCGAUGCAGCAUCUGUACUUCCAAACGGGUAUGGGCGGCGAUUUGAGGCGGAGGCCAGCGCUUGACGGGAGCUACCGUUUCAACCAGAGCCUGCUCUUGCGGCUCAAGAAACUCUUCUCCUUUGAGGACAUAUCGGCCGCGAUCGAGGCUGUUGUCGCCCAUCACCCCAUGCUCAGGUCUCGCUUUGGCCGGGGCUUGAAUGGCUGGGUACAAAGAGUUCUUCCUGAGAUCACCGGCUCCUACACAUUGAGCCACACCUCAAUCCGUUCUGAGCGUGAGCUGGAAGACAUCAUCGAACGCACGCAAAUGUCGAUCAACGUCGAGACCGGGCCGAUCUUCGCGGUUGACUACCUUACUACUAAUGAUGGGCAACAGUUAGUGUAUGUCGCUGCGCACCACCUUGCUGUUGACCUCCCCUCCUGGCGCACCAUAAUUCACGACCUCGACGAACUCUUGGAAAACGGAAGCUUGCUGUCGCAAAGGUCCAUGCCUUUUCACAAGUGGGUGGACCUCCAAAAAGCAGAGGCUCUGGGCCCAAACCCUCAGGACCUCCUUCCUUUCGCCCUUCAGCCAGGUGAUUAUGCCUACUGGGGCCUCCAGGACACGCCAAACACGUACGGAGAUGCGGCCGAGGUCAGCUUCUCGCUGAGCCAGGAACUUACCACCAUUCUUCAAAGCUCGUGCAACCAGGUCUUCAAAACCGACUCUGUUGACGUCUACCUGGCCGCCCUCAUGCUCUCCUUUGCCCAGACCUUUCACGACAGACCGGUGCCCGCCGUAUGGAAUCAGGAGCAUGGUAGAGACCCGUGGAACCCGGAUCUCGACAUCUCCGAGACUGUCGGCUGGUUCACAUCGCUCUGCCCGGUCAGCCUCAAAAUAGAUAUCUCGGACGACUUCAUCAAGGUGUUGCGUCACCUCAAGGACACUCGGCGGUCGAUCCCAGCGCGCGGUGGCCAAUACUUUGCCUCUAGAUUUUAUCAUUAUGACAAGGAGGAUUUGGCAGCCAAAGACUGGCCGUUCGAGAUCAUCUUCAGCUAUGCGGGCUCGUUACAGCAUCUGGAGCGUGACAAUGGAGUGAUGGAGCAACUUCCGAUCCCUGGCCGAACUCUCGCGUCAAGGACAUCGGACAUUGGGGCGAACGUGGGCCGGGUUGCGUUAUUUGAGGUCAGCGCCAUGGUUGACCAGGGGAGUGCCAAGAUCAAAUUUCUCUACAACCGCUUCUCAAAGGACCAGGCCCGGAUCACCCAGUGGGUUCAGAAUUACGAGCAUCUCCUCUUCGAGGCUAUCGGCAAGCUCAGGUACCACCCACAAGAGCUGACUCAAGCAGACGUUCCCCACCUCGACGUGACAUACGAGGGCCUUGAUAAGUUUAACAAAGAUCGCGUCGCCACUCUCAAGCUCGCCAGCGUCCGAGAUGUCGAGACAAUUUACCCAGUUACCGCCGUUCAGCAAAGCAUUUUGAUCAGCCAGGCGCAGCGGCCGGACGCGUGCUAUCUACAUGCCAUUUACGAGUUUGCGUCCCCAACUGGUGAUCCCAUUGACAUCUCCAGGAUAUGCACCGCGUGGCAGCAGGUCACCAUGAGGCAUGCGGCACUGAGGACCAUCUUCACCGAGAGUGUCACCGAAACGGGCCUUUGGGACAAGGUCAUCCUCCGCCGGACCUCACCUGAGAUGCUGUUCAUCGACACAGCCCCCGCCGAGGACCCUGUUUAUGAGCUCAGCAACCUGCCGAACUUGCGGCCUACGGAAAGCAAGCCGCUCCACAGGCUCACUGUCUGCAAGGCCCCUACCAGGACGCUCGUGAAGUUAGAUAUUAGUACAGCACUAUGCGAUUCGCUGAGCAUCCACGUCCUUCUCCACGACUUGCGUCGCGCUUACGCUACGGAACGUGCCAUUACCGAGGCCGACCAGUUCUCCUACCCGCAUUAUCUUUACUUCCUGAAAACCGCCCGGCAAGAGGGCAGCCUCGUCUUUUGGCGCGAGAAGCUGGCAGGCGUCCCCCCUUGCCUUUUCCCCCGCCUCACCAUACUGCCCGGCGAACUCGGGUUUGUAAACACGUGCGUUGAACUUGACAUCACCUCGUACCAGCUAUCCGGAUUUACCCGCACGCAGAAGACGACAGUCGAUGCCAUUCUCCGGUUGGCAUGGGGCCUCAUCCUGCGGUGCUUUACCGGCUCCAACCAGGUUUGCUUCGGGUUCCAAACAGUCGGGCGGGACGACUCAAUACUGGGAAUGAGACAUGCCGUGGGCUCCUUUUCGAACACCAUAGCGUGUGCAUACGAAUUGGCGACGUACAGUCCAGUGGCUGCGGCGCUGCAGAUGGUUGAAGAACAACUCCUCACUUGCCUCCCCCAUCAGCACUUCACAUUGGCCGAGCUGCAGCAUGGUAUGGGGAUGAAGGGCGGAGAUCGCCUUUUUAAUUCCUGUUUGACAUUCACCGAAGAGCCAGCGGGGCUGAACAGCAAAUUCACUACGCGGACGACUUCCGAGCUCAAACCCAUCUCGUUGCAGCAGACCUUCGAUGUGGACAUCGUGGUUAACACACGCUUCACAGCCGGCAAGCUGACAGUGGACAUUGGGCAACGCGUGAUGUCUCCGGAGCAGUCUGUCAACGUGGCGAAUACCUUUGGCAGAGCCAUCCGUGCCAUCCUGGCAUCUCCCAGUACAUCCGUCGGUCUGGUUGACCUGUUCAGUGACAGGGACUUCGCCCAGAUACUCGCCUGGGAGGCUGAGUCGCCGCCUGAGGUGGAGGAGCAAGCGCAGAACGUGGUCCAUGACUUGGUUUCACGGCAGGCCACCAUACAACCGUCAUCACAAGCCAUUUGCUCCUGGGAUGGGUCCCUUACUUACCUGCAGCUUGAAGAGGAGGCGACCAGGCUCGCCCAUCAUCUCGUCGACGCCGGUGUCGGGCCCCACUCUGUUGUGCCAGUCGUGAUGGACAAAUGCAAACUUGCGCCCGUGGCUAUGGUCGCUGUGCUGAAGGCUGGUGCCGCGUUUGUCCCGGUCGACUCGCUAGAGCUUGGUAUGAUCCAACCCAUCUUUGAGCGCCUCAAUUCUAGAAUCGCCAUCUCGUCAGAACUUGCCGCCCCGGUUCUCAGCAAUCUCUUUGACCGAGUGGUCGUCUUGACUGACGAUCUGAUGAACGUCCUGCCGCGAGGCGAAGGGCCGUUAACUUCAAUGGCCGCCCCAAGUGAUCCAGCAUGCAUCCUCUUUGUGCCGAUAUCUUCGACCGAUGCCAGGGGAGUGACCUUCAGUCACGCAGCAUUAUCCACGUCUCUCAUGGGGCAAGGGCCGGCCGCACGGAUAUCGCCCCUUAGCCGCGUGAUGCAGCUCUCGUCGUUCAACGUCGACAUCUGCAUAACUGAGAUCUUCACCACACUCGCGUACGGCGGCUGCGUCUGUGUUCCUUCCGCGGCGGAGAGGCUGCAAGAUUUCAGCGCUGCCGCCAACAGGAUGCAAGUCAACUGGUCUUACAUGACACCACUCCUGUCUAGAAAGGUGGACCCAACGCUUCUGCCGUCACUCAAAGUUGUUUGCUUUCGUACUCGGGGGCUCGACGACGACACGUACAACAUUUGGCACGGGAAAGCAAACGUUGUGCUGGCGUAUGGAUCGCAAGAUGUAUGCCCUCUGGGGAUCGCUUUCCUCGAGGCGCUCGGUCCUCAGCACCUGAAGAGUAUCGGGCGGCCUUUCGCUGGAAAUUUUCUGAUCGUCAACCCGGAGGACCACAAGAAGCGCGUGCCGGUCGGAGCGGUCGGAGAAUUGGUGGUCGAGGGCCCGACGCUGGGAUUCUCGUAUCCCAACCGGGAGUCGACCAUGACCCCCUUGUCACCCCUUGGACCUGCUUCUGCGGGCAAAGCGCGGUAUUUGAAGACCGGGCAUCGUGCGCGGUACACCGAAAAGGGGCUUAUGGAAUUCAUCUCAAGCAAGCGGGACGACAUCGACAAGGAUGGCAAGGUUCUCAAUCUCACGGAGAUCGAGCAGUACCUGCGCCGUUGUCUCGGACAGGGAGUUGAUGUUGUUGUCGAGACGGUCAUAUUUCGGGGGCCGGCGAAGAACGACACCGUUCUCACGGCUUUCAUCGAGCUCGGCGACCGUUUCGGCAACGAUGAGACCCUCGCAUCACUGAGUUCAACAACCAGGGAGCAGCUUGCACUGGCAAAGCAGUUGGUUACAAUGGGACUGAAAAACACGUUACCGCCGUCCAUGAUCCCUUCGGCUUUUGUCCCGGUCAAACACCUCCCCAUCACCCCUUCACUCAAGGUCAACCGGCGACGGCUGCAGAAGAUGAUCGCCGGCUUAACCAAGGAGGAUCUUGUAGCCUUGGCCAGCGUGCCAAACAAACCUAGCUUUCAACAUCUCAAACCGUUGCCCUUGACCCAAGGUGAGGAGAAAAUGAGGGCCAUCUGGGCAAGGGUCCUGGGUGUCGAGGAGGCCAAGAUCUCAGCUGUGGACAGCUUUUUCAGCGUUGGCGGAGACGAUAUCGCAGCCGCACAGUUGGUCGCGGUUUGCAAGCAACAGGAUAUCGCUCUCUCAAUUGCCGACGUGCUUCGCAACGCGACGUUGACAGAGCUCAGUCAGGCCAUCGUCAGCGUGGACUCGCCACAAAUAAUGCAAGAGGCCUCUCCCGCUCCUCCUCCAACCACCUCACCGUCACCGGUGCCUCUGAACCCGAACGCGAUUAAAGAGGUUUUUAUCGAGAAGGUAAUUGCCCCGGGGGUCGGCGUCGAUGCAAGUGUCAUCGCCGACGCAGCCGAGGCCUCCUCGGCACAGAUUCGGUACAUCGAGACCGGCAUGCUUCGAGGGCGGACGAACAUUAACUAUCUCAUCUUCAAUUUCACCGGGGCCGUUGACUCGAAGAAGCUAGAGGAGGCUUGCAAGACGCUGGCAACGAUACACCCUAUCCUACGCACCGCAUUUGUCCCUCACAACCGCCGGGUGUACCAGGCCGUCAUCAAGUCCAGCGGCAUCGAAUUUCGGCGGCACUACUGCCCGACAUGGCGGCUAGCCAACAUGCUAGACAAGGUGAUCAAAAAGGACCAAAGCACGGCCGUUGGAUUCGAGAAUCCGGUCACCAAGUUCAUGUUUCUCGACGGCAGCAAGCAGUCGAUCCUCAUCUUGCGGCUAUCCAAGGCGCAAUACGAUGAUCUAUCCGUUGCCCUGUUGGUCAAAGACCUCAAGAGGCUGUACGAUGGCUCUCAAAAGCCACCUCGCCGGCCAACCUUCUGCGACUUUAUGCGUAACGCGCAAACCGCCAAUUCCCACGGGGCCGAAGAGUACUGGCGCGCCUUGCUUGAGGGUUCUCAAGUAACCCAGGUCGUCGCGCAUGUGCAACCAUAUGACAUGUCGACAAACAUCCAGACGGUUCGGAACCCCGCGCUCUCGCUGGGUUCGCUCUCUAGCCUGGGGAUAUCCUUUGAGACGGUCCUCAAGGCUGCUUGGGCGAUGGUCAUUGCGAAUCUCUCGGCAUCUUCCGACGUCGUCUUCGGAGAACUCAUCGAUGGCCGUCAUGUCAGGCUUCCUGGAGGCCAUUCAGUCGCUGGUGUGAUGGGGCCCACCAUCAACGCCACGCCCGUCCGAGUUCAGUUCCCGGAUACUCCACUGACCCCGUUGAACUUGCUGCAGUACAUCCAUGCACAGCGCAUGUCGGGCAUCCCGUUCGAGAAUCUCGGAUCUUUGGCCAUCGUGGAGAAGUGCACGCCUUGGCCAUAUUGGACUCGAUUCAGCACAUUGGUGCAGCACCAGUACGAAGACACCGCCAUCAAUCCGUCGGAGCCCAAGUCGUUCCACCUUGGCGCCGCCUCCUGCAAGUUCACCAUUCACGAGUCCAAGGCCCAGGAUAUGCCCGACUUGUUUGUGAAGUCUCUUGUGCGCCCAACAAACCGUGUCGAAAUCUCCAUCUCUUUUUGCGCCGACCGUCUUACCGAAAAGUUUGCGGAACACGCACUCCGCAUGUUGUGUUCGACCAUCAGCCUCCUGACCAGCGUCAGCAUCACGCAGCCUGUUAUCCCGUGUGGCUACCAGUACCGGAGCAUGGUCAAAAGGAUCCCGCUGCCGCCUAAGCCGACCGCGAGUGAGGACCCGGAGACGGACAGCAUCAUGAACACUCUGAGCAAGGAACAGGUCGAGGCGGUACAGAUGGUUAUUCGGGACACCUGGACCUCGAUCCUCAACCCCAGCGCGCUUGGCGUGCCCGAGGCACAAAUCCACAACGCGGCGUUCUUUGAUCUGUGGGGGAGUCUCAUUCCGGCAUCCCAGAUUAUGCGGCGUCUGAACGCUGAGCUUCCCCGGGUCAACCUGCCGGGGGCCGACGCCAAUCUUCAAAUUGCUAUGGAAGAGAUCGUCGAGAACCCGACGAUGCUAAAGCAAUUUGAACUUAUCGCCUCCAAGCUCAAACCCCAGCCCACCAAAGAGACACAGAAAAGUAAGGAGAAGGAGAAGGAAAAGGAGAAGGAAGUAGACAAAAGAAGCGGUGGUACCGGACCAGCUGCUCAGGGCCACAAGAGGAGACCGAGCAUGAACGCUGGAGCGCCAUCUCCCUCAUUCGGCAGCCGCCUUCGCCGCUUUGCCAGCACCGUCGCUCGAACUACAUCUCCGCCAACCAACAACAAUAAUGUUACGGCCGCCGUCAUCAAGCAUCCUGCCAAUUUCCAACCGCCACCGACCCCGACCUCCCCUGUCGCCAUCGGCCUGGCCUCCGCCAUGGUCGCUGAUCUCCCUCCCCUUUCUCCCCGAGUAAUCCCCAGCCCCAACAUGCCAGGCGUCAUCACCCCACGCAGCACGCCAAAAAUCCCAAGCGGCUCCAGCCCAGGCCUGACCGUCCCCAGCGCCGCACCCCAGCUCCCCAGCCUCCCCGCCUUCGACCCCAUCGCCGAAGAAGCCGAGCCACCCUACGACGACUACAGCACCAGCAACAACACGCGCGGCACCAACCAACCCCCGGUCUUCCGCCAAAGCCAAAGCCACGUCACACCCCCCCAGGGCCACGGCAUCGGCAUCUUCCUGUCAGGCGAGCCCGACAGCAUGACCGAGGGCAGCAGCGCCAGCAGCACCAACGCCAGCACCGAGAUGACGCUGGCCAUGGCCAUGAGCCUGAGCGGCGGCCACGCCGGCAACGCCAACAUCAUGAUGAUGAACGCCGGUAGCGCGCCCACACGCACCGAGAUCAAGAACACCGACCUCGAGCGCGACGCGCCCAAGGAUACGGGCACUCGCGGUACCACUACUACAAACACUGACCGGGAUACUCUCGGCCCGCUGCCGGGGAACAUCGCCGCGGCGUACGUCGCCAAGGCGCCCGUGAACAUGCGCGUCGUGCUGCCGCCUCCGGGGGGGACGGGGCUGCGCGCUGCCGCUGGGAGUGGUGGUGUGGCGGGGGGCCAGCAGGAGGCCAUGGAUGAUUUGGUCAGUCCGCUGAGCGCGGUCACGCUUACCCCGGGCAGUGCGGGGCGGAAUGUCAGUGGUAUGCAUUCGUAUCAGCAACAGGGGCAUGGUGGCACGCCGGCGAGUGCGGGGCCGGUGUCGGCGAUUUCGAGUCCCGGGACGCCGGGGAGGAGGGGUUAG